AUAACCAUCUCCAUCAAUAAUAGAGUACUUGUUCAUGUUUAGUUAAAGUUGUAAGUCAAGGUCUUCCCUGUCCAUAAAAUGAAGUGCAAAUGCUACAAGGGUGUCUUUGGUUUGACAAAAAUGAAGGUAAGAGGGGAAGAAAGGAAGGACAUGAAUCUUUUAUCAAAUCAAAUUACAAGAAAUUGGGGGAGAGGAAAGGAAAAUUCAGAUUGUUGUCGAUGGGAAAGGGUUGAGUGCAACCCCUCCACUGGGCGAGUUAUCAAACUCCAUCUUGAUGACGUGUCUGGUUGGCAGAACUCAUAUCUUAAUGCCUCUUUGUUUCUCCCAUUUGAGGAAUUGAAGAGUCUCAGUUUGGCUGACAAUGGAAUAAAUAGUUUCAUUGAAAAUGAAGAUUUCCAUAGGCUUUCAAAGUUGAGCAAUUUGGAAUUCCUUGACUUGAGUUGGAAUGAAUUCAAUAGCAAAAUUUUGUUAUCUUUGAGUGAGCUUUCAUCUCUCAAGUCUCUAAAUCUUGCAGAAAACAACUUUCAAGUGUCAAACCAUACUAAUGGUUUUAAAAGGCUUUCUAAGUUGAGGAGUUUGGAAAUCCUUGAUCUUACUGGCAAUUACUUGAAUAAUAAUAUCUUAACAUCUUUGAGUGAUCUUCUAUCUCUUAAAUCUCUAAAUCUAACCUACUGCAACUUAAUGAUAGCAUCAAAUCACAUGGAGGCUAAUUUUGAAAGCCUGUCAAGACGCAGCCACUUGGAAUUUCUUGACUUAAGAUCCAAUAUAGAUUUGAACAACAACGUACUACCAUAUCUGAGUUUCAUGAGGUUUUCUAAUUUGAGGAAUUUGAAAAUCCUUGAUCUAAGUGACAAUGACUUAAAUAUUAAUAUCUUAACAUCUUUGAGUGAGCUUCCAUCUCUCAAGUCUCUGAGUUUGAGAGAUUGCAACUUAAUGAUAGCAUCGAACCAUAGAGACGAAGCUGAUUUUGAAAAGCUGUCAAGAUUUCGCCAUCUGGAAUUUCUCGACUUAAGUGAUAAUAUGGACUUGAACAACAACAUUCUAUCAUAUUUAAGUAGUUUUUCAUCUCUAAAAACUCUAAUCUUGUCCAUUUGUGGACUAAAUGGCACUUUGAGUACUAGAGGUAAUUAAGCUUGCUUUCACCCGUUUUCAUUUUUAUUAUAUCUUUUCCCCUAAAAAAGUUGUGUUAUCCUAUAAUAUUUUAUUGGAAUUAAACAUAUUUUUCAUUC